AUUUUUUCUUUUGUUUGCAGUCCACAAAAUCGCAUUCAAAACAGACAAAAUGAUUCUGCUCGAGUUCCAGAACCGCAUCAUCAAGGAGGCCCUCCUCGCCCGCGUCGGCGUUGACAAGCCCGAUUCGAUCGACCUCACGGUCGCAGAUUUUGACGGUGUUACCUUCCACAUCUCGUCGACUGGCGAGAACAAGUCGGUCGUUCAGGUCUCGAUCAGCAUCCGCUGCUUCGCCGAGCUCCAGGCUCACGGCGCCGACGAGUACCUCAAGAAGGUCUACGGCUCGAACGUUGCCCCCACCGAGAACGGCUACAGCUUCACUAUUGCCCUUGAUUUCGACAAGCUCCCCGCCAACAAGGACGAGGUCAUUAACGAUUUUGCUCUGCUCAAGCGUCACUGCCUCGCUGCUCCUAUUGGCAAGUAUUUCGACUUGUGCGACAAGGGCGGCGCUGGUGGCGACAAGACUGCUGUUAUUUCAUACCGCGAGGACGAGAAGAUCUACCUGAACGCAGAGAAGGACCGUGUUACUGUUGUCUUUUCGGUUCGUUUCCGCGAUGCGGACGAUGUUGUUCUCGGCAAGGUCUUCCUGGCCGAGUUUGUUGAUGCCCGCAAGCGCCUCAACCAAGCACCCCAAGUGCUUUUCAGCAAGGAGCCCCCGCGUGAAAUUGCCGGCGCUGGCGCAUCCGUUGCCGACAACAUGAGCUACGUCACCUUUGUGCUCUUCACCCGCCACGUCAAGGGCGCCGAGCGCGAGAACUCGAUCUCGCUCGUCCAGACUUUCCGCGACUAUCUCCACUAUCACAUCAAGUGCUCGAAGGCCUACCUGCACUCGCGUAUGCGCGCUCGUGUCACCUCGCUGCUCAAGAUUCUCAACCGCGCUCGCCCUGAGCCUGUCGUGGUAGAGCGAAAGACUGCAACUGGCAAGACCUUCGCCAAGAAGUAAGCGAAAGUUGGCCGCUGGACCGAUCUCCUUUUGUCUUUUUUUGCUUGAACGCGGUUUGGUUGUCGGAAAAAAAAAAGAAAGAAAAGCUCAUUGCUGCUUCACCAACCGUGUUUGUUUCUUGAGUCGUUUGUUUGUGUCUACUCCCUCUCCUCCUCCUCCCCCCAAAUGUCGUGUUGUGCACCUACCCUUAUGUGUAUUGUGCGUUCUCCUGUACGACCAUUUUUGAACAGUACAUGUCUCUCAUUUUUUUUCCCCCCG